AUGUUUUCCAAGGUCGCGAGGUGCCGCCUGGCAACGCCGCAAAGCCACAGGAUCCUACGGCACUUCUCCUCAUCACCCGCGCGGCAGAUCGACUACACGCACGCCGUCGUCGGCGGCGGCGUGGUGGGCCUCGCCGUGUGCCGGGCCCUGUCUGCGCUGCCCGGCACCAGUACGCUGCUGCUCGAGCGCCACUCGGCCGUCGGCACCGAGACCUCAUCUCGCAACAGCGAGGUGAUCCACGCGGGCAUCUACUACGGCGAGGGCACGCUCAAGACGGAGCUCUGCGUCCGGGGCCGCGGCCUGCUAUACGACUUUUGCCGCGCCCGCUCCGUGCCCCACCGGCGCACCGGCAAGUGGAUCGUCGCGCAGGACGAGACGCAGCGCCAGGCCCUGGAGCGCAUCUACGAGCACGCCGGUGGGCCCGGGAUCGGUGUGCCGCUGCGCUGGGUCGGGCGCGACGAGGCGCGGAGGCGCGAGCCCGACGUCCGCGCCGAGGCCGGCGUGCUCGAGAGUCCCGAGACGGGCAUCGUGGACAGCCACGCCCUGAUGCUGGCGCUGCAGGGCGAGUUUGAGGAGAACGGCGGGGACGUGGCGCUGCUCUCGCGCGUGGUUGGAGUCGAGCCCCUCGGCGGCGGCCGGGGGUGGUCGCUGAUCGUGAGGAGUGGCGACGAGACGACCACCAUCACCGCCGAGACGGUCGUCAACGCCGCCGGCCUGGGCGCCGUCGACCUGCACAACAUGGUUGUGCCCCCGGAACGGCACCUGAGGAUGUUCUACGCCAAGGGCAACUACUUUUCGUACGGGGCGUCGCGGCCCCGGGUGGGGACGCUGGUCUAUCCGGCUCCGCGACCUGGUGGUGCUGGGCUCGGCACGCAUCUCACCCUGGACAUGGCGGGCCGCAUCAGGUUCGGUCCCGACGUGGAAUGGGUCGACUCGCCUGACGAUCUUGCUGUGAACUCUGCCAGGCUCCCCGAUGCAAUUGCUGAGAUCAAGCAGUACCUUCCUGGCGUCGAUGAGCAGGCUCUGACGCCGGAUUAUGCUGGCAUCAGGCCCAAGCUGGGAGAGCGGAGCGCUGUGCUUUCGGGGAGUGGCUUUUUGGACUUUGUUAUCAGGAAGGAGGAUGGGUUGGAGGGCUGGGUCAACCUUCUCGGCAUUGAAAGCCCUGGACUAACAAGUAGCCUCGCCAUUGCAGAAGAAGUUGAAAGACUGCUACAUAGAUGA